GUGUUGGACGAUGACAUGUUUUGCACCUCUUCGUCUUCUCUAAUUUGUUUAGCAGCAGGGGGCAGAAACAAGGAGAAAAGGGUGGAAGCGACAACUAUCGUCGUCGUCGACACACGAGCACAGCCGUGACCGAAGGAAUGCGGUCGGUCUGCCAACAAUUCACACCGUGAAAGCUGCAGUUCGCAAGGGACUGCUCCAUUUAAGUAAGAAUUAGGUGCAACAACCCCAACUCGCAGCCGCCGUUCACGAGAUCCACAGUAACGCUGCAUGUGAGUCUCCCUCCUCGCUGUUCAUCCUGCACGGAGACGGAGGAAUCGUUCAUCUUGUCUUCUCCGGCGGCAGGGACACUUUAUGCGAUGCCAGCGAGCGAAACUUGGCUGUUGUUCGUCGCUUUCUUUGGCCGAACCAUGUCGAACACUAUCAUUUCGCCGUGCCUUGUUCACCAAUGUCCGCGAAUCGUUCGACGAAAUUACCAACAGAUGCCGCUUACAGUUACAGUGACGCGGAAAAUAUAAUUAAGGGUGUCAAUGGAAGUAAGCAACAGUCUGGUCAUUGCCAAUGGGGAUUGCGACAAGUCUUACUUCAACUCCAUCAGUUUGCAUUGUUCUUCCUUCUGAACGGAAAGAAGAGUCACGCCAUUGCCACUAGAUCUCAUUGUCAAUGUUGAUUGGUCAGAAGCCAAUUUGUUUGCGAUUAUUCCAUAUUUACCUGACAUUGAAGGGAUGGGGAGAUCCACAGAAGCAAGUACACAUGGACUGCACCAGAGACCAGAGAAAAGAAGCACAACAUAAAUUGCUGCUCACUGCAACGAAAUAGUUAUCAUACAGAAUGUCAUCAUCAUCAUCAGUACAGAUUCGGGAGAUGUCAUCAAUUGGGAAUCCAAAUUCUGGACCUAAAGAAAGAGACCUCAGGACCCGCCCGAGUGGGUCCCACGUGCGGGAGGCGAAUGCGGUUCAUGCUGUCGUGGGCCACCUGCCCUUGCAGCAUAUCUCGUCUCUCGAUUAGCCGAUAACCAACUGCCCAACUGGGGCGCAUCACAUACUGGCUGGCGGUGGAUCAGGCAAGAUGUAGCACACCUUGCAGCAAACGCUCUGUUGUCUCACGAGGAGUUCCCUCCAUGCAUUCCUCCAAGAAGAGAGGGUAAUAUAUACCCGGUUGCCAUCUUUAACCUUCGCUACUCCUCAGUCGCUAGCGGACGAAGAGCCUACAGUCCCAAAGAACGUGACUUCCCUUCUCGCCUUCAUUGCUCUUGGUGUUUUCGAUCCCUCCAGCUCUCUCCGCAGCUGUCCCAGCCGCAGAAAGACUCGGAUGAAUCAGUCGUGGGACAGCGGAAAAUGAUGGUGAAACGAGACGCACCGGUGCAUAGCGGCAGCUGUUUCUUGAAGCAGCCGGAGAGGAUGAUGAGACUUCCUGAUGUGCUCCUAUUCCAAAUCCUUCUUCUGCCGGUGUUCGCCUGCGCCGUGGAUCUUCCGGCGCCGCUCAACGACGAGGUGAUGGGCCUCAUCGUGUUCAAGGCGGCGCUGGAGGACCCGACGGCCGCGCUGGCGUCGUGGAACGAGGCGGACGCUACCCCGUGCGGCUGGGCGCACGUCCGGUGCGACCCUCGCACGUCCCGGGUCGUUCGCCUCGCCCUCGACUCGUUCUCCCUCUCCGGCCCCCUCCCCCGCGGCCUCGACCGCCUCCCGGCCCUCGCCGCCCUCUCCUUGUCCAACAACAACCUCUCCGGGCCCGUCCCCCCGGGCCUCUCCCUCCUCCCCGCCCUACGCUCCCUCGAUCUCAGCCGCAACGCCUUCUCCGGCGGCCUCCCCGGAGACCUCGCUUUUCUCCCCCCCAUCGUCUCCCUCGACCUGUCCUCCAAUAUGCUCUCCGGCCCUCUCCCGGACUCCCUGUUCUCAGCCGCCACCUGCGGCUCGCUCCGGUUCCUCUCGCUCGCCGGGAACCGCCUCGAGGGCCCCUUUCCGUCCGCAUUGUCCCGCUGCUCUUUUCUGCUCUACCUUAACCUCUCCAACAACCGAUUCUCUGGCUCCCCGGACUUUGAGACCGGCCUAUGGUCUCUCUCCAGGCUCCGAGUGCUUGACCUGUCCCAUAAUUCCUUCUCCGGACCUGUUCCCGAUGGCAUCGCGAAUUUGCAUCGCCUCAGGAACCUCCAGCUGAACGGCAACCGCUUCUCGGGAACCAUCCCAGCCGGCGUCGGGCUCUGCCGGCACCUGAGCAUCUUGGAUUUGAGCUACAACUCAUUCGAGGGAGCCCUGCCGAGCUCCAUGAGGUACCUCGGUUCGUUAACUUCUCUCAAACUGUCGGACAACCAGUUGUCCGGAGACGUUCCUGCGUGGAUCGGAAACUUGACGACCAUUCAGCAGGUGGACCUGUCAAACAAUAAGCUCGCCGGGAAUUUGCCUGCUUCUCUCGGCGGCCUAAAAGAGGUGAAUUACCUGAGCCUGUCGAACAACCUGCUGACCGGAGCUAUCCCGGACACGGUUGCAGGAUGCACGAAGCUCUCUGAGCUGCAUCUGAAAGGGAAUCGUCUCAACGGCAGCGUUCCACUGGGACUGUUCGACCUCGGGCUACAGGUUCUCGACUUGUCAUCGAAUGAGCUCACUGGCACGGUGCCUGCAGGAUCGACAUGGAUAUCAGAGACACUGCAGUCCUUGGACCUCUCAGAUAACAAGCUCAAUGGUACCAUUCCGCCGGAGAUGGCGUUGUUCUUUGGCUUGACGUAUUUGAACCUCUCGUGGAACGACCUCCGGACUCAGCUGCCGCCGGAGCUCGGGUUGUUUCGGAACCUGUCGGUGUUGGAUCUCCGAAGCAGUGCGUUGUAUGGCUCGAUCCCUGGAGAUCUCUGUGAAUCCGGCAGCCUCUCCGUCCUGCAAUUGGAUGGCAACUCUCUGACAGGUCCAAUUCCUGAGGAGAUCGGAAACUGCUCGUCCUUGUAUCUGCUGAGCUUAUCGCAUAAUAGCUUGAACGGUUCGAUUCCGGCGUCCAUGUCGCAGCUAAAGAAUCUUGAAAUCCUCAACUUGGAGUUCAACAACUUGAGCGGCGAGAUACCGGAGCAGCUCGGUGGCCUGGACAAUCUCUUGGCGGUGAACAUAUCGCACAACCAGCUCAUCGGCCGGCUUCCGAUGGGCGGCAUAUUCCAGAGCCUGGACUCGAGCGCACUGCAAGGAAACCUCGGCCUCUGCACUCCCCUCGUGAUGGAGCCAUGCAAACUGGACGUCCCCAAGCCGCUGGUCCUCGACCCCGACGCUUACGCCCGAGGCAACGGCAACGGCCUGCCGGCGGUAACCAAUCCGGCGAUGCCGAUGCGGCACAGAAGGUUCCUCAGUGUCUCGGCCAUCGUCGCGAUCUCGGCUGCCGUCGUCAUAUUUCUUGGAGUUAUGGCGGUCACUCUUCUCAACAUGUCGGCCCGAAGGAGAGCAGGGCUGAUGGAGAAUGCAUUGGAGCGCGUGUGCUCGAGCUCAACGAGGUCAGGGGGGUCGGAUCUGGGGACGAUGGUGGUGUUUGGUCCCGGAAGCAACCUGAGACCAGAGGAUUUGGCUGUUGGCACCGAAGCCUUACUGGCCAAGGCCACCGAGUUAGGCAGGGGAGUGUUCGGGACGGUGUACCGAGCUUCCGUCGGCGAAGAAAGGGUGUUCGCCAUCAAGAAGCUGUCAACAGCUAACAUCGUUCAGCAUCAGGAGGACUUCGAUCGCGAGGUCCAGAGACUAGGAAAGGUGAGGCACCGAAAUCUUAUGCAACUGGAAGGCUACUACUGGACGCCGGAGCUGCAGCUGCUGAUAUCGGAUUACGCUCACCAUGGGAGCUUACACUCGAGGCUUCACAAGAGGACCGAAUCGACGCCACCGCUUCCAUGGCGCGAUCGCUUCAAGAUCGCGCUGGGGACGGCUAAGGGCCUCGCUCAUCUGCACCAGUCGGUCCGCCCUCCCAUCAUCCACUACAACCUCAAGCCGACGAACAUCCUCCUGGACGAGAACUGCGACCCAAAGAUAUCCGAUUUCGGGCUCGCCAGGCUGCUGCAGAAGCUCGACAAGCACAUCAUAAGCAGUAGAUUCCAGAGCGCCAUGGGCUAUAUGGCGCCGGAACUUGCGUGCCAGAGCCUGCGGGUGAACGAGAAGUGUGAUGUGUAUGGGUACGGGGUGCUGAUCGCGGAGCUGGUGACGGGGAAGAAGCCGGUGGAAUACGGAGACGACGAUGUCGUGAUCCUGAUCGACCAUGUGAGGGCGCUCUUGGAGCAGGGCAGAGUGUUGGAUUGCGUCGACUCGAGCAUGGGGGAGUUCCCGGAGGAGGAGGUGCUGCCGGUGCUCAAGCUGGGACUAGUAUGCACGUCUCAGAUACCGUCGAGUAGGCCUUCCAUGGCGGAGGUUGUUCAGAUACUACAGGUGAUAAAGGCACCACUUUAGAAUGAUCGACGUGAGCUUCCUGAUGCCAUUGCCACAAACUGUGCCUCUCGCCACUAGUUGCUUUCCUUCGAGCUGCUUCACCGAUGCAGCAUUCCCAGAUCAUGCAAGGGAAUUCUAUUCCAAAUAUUUCUAAUGAAAUGAUCCAUUUGGUGUAGGACUCAUGUUAACAUGGUUAUUUGGUUGACAGCUGUCUAA